UCCGUUUUCAUUAAAUUCCGUUAAUUAAAUAUUCGAUAAGUUUCUUUAAAUCAAAAAAAAAGAAGAAAUCUUCAAAUAACAACAGAUAAUCAUCAACAAUAACAAAAUCAUGUCAACAUCAGUGGUCCAAAUGAUGGACAUAUCGACCGCUGGUGCUGCUACUACCGCCCACCAACGCCGAACAACAACCUCAGCCGCUAAUUCACUUGAUUCAACAAACGGAUCAUCAACGACCAAUCUUCAUCAUCAUCAUCAUUUGAUUCAUAAUCAUCAUUACCAAAAUCUUUAUAAUAACAAUAAUAACGGUCCGAUUAAUUUUGCCAUGAAAUUUUUCAAUAACAAUAACAACAAUAAUAUUGUGGUAAAUGCUAAUCGCAAAAAUAUUGCAACAUCCAUAACAUCAUCAACAGCAUCUUCGACAACUUCAUCAUCAUCAUCAUCAUCAUCACCUGCCGCUUUAACAACACCAACUAGUUCACCACAAGUGAAGAUUAAAUUAGAACCACGUGUACCAAGUCCAUGUACAGCCGAUUUAGUUUGUAUGGCUGUUAAUGGUAGUACAGCCGCAACAACGGCUGGUUCUAAUACAAGUACCGGUACCGGUGCAAAAUCUACAAAUAUAGCACGUCUACCACAUUUGAAUGGUGGGGGUGAUACUGCAUCCGUUUCGGGUAGAUCUCCAUCUAAUAUCAAAGAUCUCUCAUUAUAUCUGUCGACGAAAGGACAACAACAACAACAGCUUUUGAUCACAACAGCCAAUGGUGGUAUAGCCAAUAUUUCUACUACCACCAAUCAACAUAACAAACAAGAAUCUCAGGAUAAUCAUAAUAAUCAUUCAUCUUUAUCAUCUGGUCAUCAACAUUUAACGCCUUCAACAUUGACAACAAAGCCACCGGUUAUGUUGACCAUUCCGAAUGGUGAUGAUCAACCGCCUCCAUUGUUAAUGAACAAGAAUCAUCAUUAUCGACAAAAUUCUCAAUCACCGCCAUCAAUGUUGACCUCAUUAUCAUCAUCACCAACAUCAUUACCAUCGCCAUCAUCAACAACAAAUGGUCAUUUUUCCAUUAUUGGUGCCGGUCUUAAACGACAACAUGAUGAAGCCUUUGGUCAUCAUCAUCAACAUUAUCAUCAAGCCCAUGGUCAACAUAGUGAUUCAAUAACGCCAUCAUCACCUCCACCAUCAAUGACAACAAUGAUCACGAUGAAUGGCCACAAUACUUUACAUCAGAUGCCAACAACACCGAACAACAAUAGUAUGGUUGCAUCACCGACUUCAUCAUCAUAUAGUGAUUUUGGUUCUGCAUGUAAAGAAGAGAUGAGCCCAUCGAACAGUGUAAAUGGUUAUACAAAUGUGGAUAGUUUAGGCGGUGAUCCAAAAAAGAAAAAAGGACCAGUACCAAGACAACAAGAAGAAUUGUGUUUAGUAUGCGGUGAUCGAGCUUCGGGAUAUCAUUAUAAUGCAUUAACCUGUGAAGGCUGUAAAGGAUUUUUCCGCCGUAGCAUUACUAAGAAUGCUGUAUAUCAGUGCAAAUAUGGAAACAAUUGUGAGAUUGAUAUGUACAUGAGAAGAAAAUGUCAAGAAUGUCGUCUAAAAAAAUGUCUUUCGGUGGGCAUGAGGCCCGAAUGUGUUGUACCAGAAUAUCAAUGUGCGAUGAAACGUGAAGCAAAACGUGCUAUAAAAGAUAAAGAUAAACCUAAUUCCACCACCAAAGAAGGUCUUUCACCAAACAAUACACAGAUAAUGAUAAUUGAAGAGAAACAGCCAUUAACGCCAAUAAUGACAAAUAAUUGGAAUGGUUCACAAAAUGGUGAUGUGGAAAUUGCUCUAAAAUUAUCACUCGAACAAGAUGGUAUAAUCAAAAAACUAGUCUUUUAUCAAGACGAAUUUGAAUCGCCUUCUGGAGAAGAUAUUGAAAAGAUAGCGCCUUUUCCUUAUGGCGAAAAUGAAGAGGAUAAUAAAAGAAGGUUUCAACAUAUUACCGAAAUGACCAUUUUAACUGUGCAGCUUAUCGUUGAAUUCUCUAAACGUGUACCAUAUUUUGAUAAGUUGUUUCGUGAGGAUCAGAUAACACUUUUAAAGGCAUGCUCAAGCGAAGUAAUGAUGUUACGAUGUUCACGAAAAUACGAUAUCAAAACCGAUUCAAUUGUCUAUGCGAAUAAUCAACCAUAUACAAGACAAAACUAUAGCAGUGCAUGUAUAUCAUAUGUGGCGGAUACGUUAUUCAAUUUCUGUCGUCGAAUGCAUAUGCUCAAGGUUGAUAAUGCCGAAUAUGCUCUAUUGACUGCGAUUGUUAUAUUUAGUGAUCGACCACAAUUGCUUGAAGCACAUAAAGUGGAAGAAAUACAAGAAAAAUAUAUUGAAAUAUUACGCAUUUAUGUGGAAACUCGUCGUCCUCCGAACAAAUGCCAUUUCGCCAAAUUAUUAGGCAUAUUAACCGAAUUACGUACGUUGGGUAAUAUCAAUUCGGAAAUGUGUGUAUCACUCAAAGUACAAAACAAAAAAUUACCAGCAUUUUUGGCCGAAAUAUGGGACAUACAAGAUUCGUGAACAAUGUAAAAGAAAGAAGAAAGAGAGUACGAAAAAAGAUAAUGAAAGAAUUGGAAACGGACAUUUCUGGUUGUUAUUAUUCGAACAUCCUUCACCAUCAAAUCAUGUUUAUACAAACACAACCAUCAUCACAUUCUUUCUCUAUUUUUCUUUCUUUUUUUUCAAUUUAUCGACCUCAAAUCUUAUCUCAUGGAUCAUCAUCACAAAUCGUGCUGUUUCAUUGCGGAUACGGAAUCUCUUUCUCUAUCUUUAUUUCUCGUUAAAUCUUCAUUUAUAGAGUCACAUAAACAGAUUAUACAUACACACACGGGAUUUUGAAAAAAAAACUUGGUUUCAUCAUCUAACUCAAAUUCAUCAAAUAUUGCUAUUUCGGGACCUUUUGCGAUUUAUUUUUUUUCUGGUUUUUUUCACUUUUGUCAAUCUUUUCUGUUCAGUUUAUUAUUAUUAUUAUUAUUUGGUGCCUAAUUCAUCUUUGUCAUCAUCGUCAUCAUCAUCAUCACUUCCGUUGUUUUUUCUUCUUCAAAUAUUACAAGAUUUUAUCUCUUUUCAUGAAUUUCUCGAAUUUUUAUUGCCGUAUUAUUCAGACAAAACGAAACAACAUACACACAUAAAUUGAUGCGCUACAUUAGAGUUUGGUGAUUUUGGCAUGCAAAGAUAUUUUUUUUUCUUUCAAUUACCUCUCAUUUUUUGUUUUGUUUCAUCUCUAUUGUCAUCUGAUUCACAAACAAACACACACACACCAAACCAUUAAUCCAUUCAUCAUUUGAUUUAGUUUGUUUUCUUAAUUCUUUAUUUUGAAUAUUAUAUUAUUAUGAUUAUUUUGUGAACCCUCAAAAAAGAUUAUCUCUCAAAUUAAUCGUUUUUUAGUCAGUUGAAAGGAAAUCUUUUUGAUUUUUUUUGAUGAUGAUUACAAUUAAAUUUGGGAAGAGGGAUAAAUUUCACAUACAAACAAACAAACAAAAACAUCCACCCACACACACAGGAAAGAAAAACAAAUGAUCAAAUGAUGUGUAUGGACAACUUAGGAAAUUCAGCAGAUUUUUAUUUUUUUAAAAGUAAUAGAAAGAUGUGUCUGGAUAAAGCAAUAUACAA